AUGGCACCGCCGGCUUUCCAGACCGUGGCAAUCGUGCAGACGGAUCAUCGGCUCUUCCUCAUGAAGUUGGGCACCACGCUUCAUGAGACGCACCGCCAGAAUGGUGCUCGGGUCAUCCAAUUCUCGGUAUGUCAUCGACCCUGCGGAGGUGAAGACAACUUCUUGCUCGGCAUUUUCGCUGAACGUCCCUUCAAAUUGCUCGUUCAACGUCUGAUAGACAUAAGUCGGCACUGUGGCGGUCCAGGAAUGGAUCGUCUGCAGGUCCCGAGGGCUGAUCAGGUUGACGCUCUUCAGCAGGCGGGUAAUGUCGGCUGCCAUGGUUUGCAGAAUGGUUUCAAAGGUCGCAAGGAUGUUCUGUGCGUACCACUGGUCCAGGAAUUCGGUCUUGUAGCUCAGGGUAAUCUUCUUGGCUUGGUGGUGGUCAUCGCCGGAGAGCGUUGCUCAAUGCGCAAAAUGAGCUCGGAAUCCAAGUCAUCGUCCGAAAGCCGCUGCUGGUCUGUCUCAUACUGCUGCUGCUGUGUGAUGAGACAAAGCGUGGUAUUAAAGGGCCUGCUAUACCCGGCUCCUCCACCUGGUGCAUGUCUUGCGGCUCAUCCAGCGGGAUUGUCGACGCGUGCUUCUACUGUUGUCAAAGAGAAUGGCAUCGGCAUCCUAGUCGGCCUGGAGGAUAUUAUGGACGGUCGUCGACGUCGUCGGGGAACCACGACGCACAAAGCCGCAGGACACGGCGUCAGCCAGGAUAUAGGCCUUGAGCAGCAGCACAAAGGCAAGUUUGCACACCUCAUCCUCCGUCAGCAGCUCCCCCGUAGCUAA